AUGGGUAAUUGCCUGGAUAAACCUCAAGAAGGCGAAACAGAUUCUAGCCCAUGUUCAAUUGCCACUUCUUCAACAGGAACAUAUAAUGAGCAACACUCUAUGACGUAUUUAAUAAAUGCUGAUAAUGAUCGUUUUUCUAAGUUACACACUCUUUUUAAGUGCACUUGGCAAGCAAAUUUUCUUGCACCCGUUCAUAAACAACUCGGAUUGGGAAAUGCGCGAGUUUUAGAGCUCGGAUGCCAAACAGGGGAAUGGGUAUUAGAAGUGUCUGAAAAGUACCCGCUCGCCAAAGUAUGGGGAAUCGAUACAUCAAAUUACUUUCCUUCGUCAAUACCAUUAAACUCUACUUUUUUGCAUCAUAAUAUUAUUCUCAAUGGAUUGCCUUUUGCCGAUAACACAUUCGAUUUCGUUCACGCUCGAUGCUUAGCUUUUACAUUUACCGAUAUCGAAUGGGAACAAAAAAUAAUAAAGGAAUUGUUGCGAGUGCUAAAACCAGGAACCGGUUGGCUAAGUCUCCUAGAAAUCAACUUAUUUUAUAAAAUUGAAGGUCAGAACACUGCUAAGCUUACAGAAUAUAUGAAACUAUUUCUUAACGAAAAGAAAAUGAAUCCUGAUAUUGCGAGUUUACAAGAACAUUUAUUACGUGCAUCCAACCAAUUCACUGAUAUUCAGGUCCAUGAAAGAUUUCCCACUUUGGAUCAUAUGAAUGAUAUUGCUGCAGAGGAAUUUGCACGGAGAAUGUAUGCUUUAAGUAAGGAGUUAUCUGAAUUUAUAGGGAUAGAUAAUGAAGAAUAUAAGUCUUUGGUAAAAUCAAGUGUCAAAGAAUUUAAUAUUUAUAAGACUAGCAUUAGACAGACUAGAGUAAUUGCACGUAAAAUUUCUUUGAAUUAA